AUGUCCUAUAACGGCAACGAGUAUGGGCCGAGUGUGGCUCGCGCAGUGUUGGGGUACUAUCCUGGGGGGAGCAGGACUGGUGCGGCGCCUAGGGCAGCAGCAGCAGCAACUACAACAAUAACAACAACCUCCAACGAUACACCAAGCAGAAGAAAACAGAAGACACGCGCCGAUCGCCUUUCGCCACAGGAAGAGAUGCUGGGGAAUGCGACAAGAUGGGUCGAGGAUAGCGGCCUUGUAGGCAUGGGUUCUGAGUACUCACAAAUGCGGGCGAUAGCUACGUCGCCGUCCUCAUUUCUACGGCCGGGGAGCCGGUUCGAGGGGACGCAGCAGUCGGAGAGGCAGCGCUAUGACGUCCAGGUUGAAAUCAAGCACGUGGAUUUGUGCGAGUCGUUCCUGUGCGGUUAUUUGAGGAUUCAAGGUCUGACAGACGACCACCCAACACUGACGACUUACUUCGAGGGUGAGAUAAUCGGGACCAAGUACGGCUUCAUCACCCAGCAUCCGUCAUGGGGGGCGACAGACAAGAUCGACUUGAACCACUGGGGCAAGUUCGUACCAUUCAAGCAAUAUUCAAGACAGGCACGCAAGACCGGCCAUGUCUUGAUAAGAGAUAUCGCGCAGCGCGAGAAUAUUUUCAUGCGAUGGAAGGAGCACUUCCUUGUCCCGGACCAUCGGGUUCGGACCAUCAACGGGGCGAGCUUCGAAGGGUUCUACUACAUCUGUUUCAACCAGGUGCGCGGCGAAGUUAGCGGCAUCUAUUUCCACAGCAAGAGCGAGAAGUUUCAACAACUCGAUUUGAAGCAUGUCGAAGACAAGGGAUGUUUUGGCGCCAUGGAGUUCAGGUAA